AAAAAGAUCAUGUAACAUUGUUUUGUUAUUGUCUUCAGGUUCACAUAGGGUUCUGUGCAUUUCUUGUGUACCAAAAUAAAACUUCUGAAAAUAAACCACUUCCUAUUUUUUACGAGCAUAAGGUCCGGAAUUGAAAUAGGGGAAGUUGAGAGCAGUAAGUUAUAAACCUUUCCCCCUAAUGUUUAAUUAGAAACGGGACCAGUCGCAUUCCGUAUAAAUUCUAAGUAGCACUCUGUUGGGAAAAAUGGAAGAAAACCCUGUGUUACUUCAUGGUCCUCCGCCGCCCCCAAUGAAUAUAUUGCCACCAACUCCGGCCGGUCUGGAAUCCUUAUAUUCUUUAUGUAGAAAAAUAUAUCCAGACCAAGUGAAUCCUUUGCAAGUCACUGCAUUAUUAAAAUACUGGUUAGGAGGUCCGGACCCAUUGGAUUACAUUUCCAUGUACGCCAACCCUGGAAUACCGCAAGAAAAUAUACCCCCUCACUGGCACUACAUAAGUUUCGGUUUGUCAGACCUGCACGGAGAUGCCAGAGUGCACGAUGUCUCAAACUCUGAUGGAAUCUCAGGAUUCGGAUUUGAAUUGACUUUCAGACUGAAAAGAGAACCGGAGGAGACUGCUCCUCCUACAUGGCCGGCUACUCUGAUGCAAUCACUUGCCAAAUAUGUAUUCCAAUCAGGUAACACCCUGUGCGCGGGUGAUCAUGUAUCCUGGCAUUGUGCCCUUGAUAACAGUGAGUCUAGAAUACAGCACAUGUUGAUGACAACGGACCCUCAGUUGAAAUCGACUAGAACCCCCUUUGGGACAGUAGAUUUUAUACAGAUUGUAGGAGUUUGUACAGAAGAGUUGAAAGCUGCACAGCAAUGGAAUGGCAUGGGUGUUCUUGAGAUGUUGAAACAACAUCCUUUUACCGGUGGCAUUUGGCACAUAACGGACAUGAGAAGAGGUGAGAACAUCUUCGAACUGAACGUGAACGCCCACGAUGUAGUCGAAAGGGGGGUGGAAUCCGAAGGAUCCAACUUGAGCGGAGUGAGCGCCAGGUGCUCCUGGGUGGAACAACUGGAAUGGUGCGCCUCCGGCAGGAAAUCCAGGAAGGAACUCAUUGAGCCAAGCGUGGAUUGCGACAGAGGAGACGACUUCAGGAGAAAUCCAGAUCCCGCUACUUCUUUGAGGCGACAGGAGUCUCUGUGCGGGAACACCUUCAGGUUGGACGACCUGCAUUAUAGCACCUCCAGUUUGCCAGAGACCUCCGAACUGGGACACCUGAAGAGGUUGGAAGGGGUGUUGCUGGUUUUCAAUUUGGAGGCUGGGAGUUUACUGCCUUUGGCCAUUAGAGGAAGGGUUAAACACGGGAGGCAUUUCACUUUCAAAUCGGUCCUCGGAGAAACUGCCAUAACUCUGGUAACUUCUGCAGUAACAGGAACAAUGGUGGAUGUAGAGCAUCCCUAUGUGGCCCAAGGGUUUUGGCUCCAAGUUUUCAUCCCUGACGAUUUAGCCCAAGAUAUGAGCGAAAAAUUUCAAAUCUUGUCCAAUCCGGAAUCUCUCAUCUUACCUCACACUUUCACAUGGCACGAACACAAACUGUCAAUAACCAUCAUACCAGAUAAAAUUUAAAUAAUAAGUGUCAUCCGAUAAUGAUACAACCAGAUUUUAUAUCAAAGAUUCGAGAAUUUUGGAUUUUAUCUCGUUUAAAAACAAACGGAGAGAGACUUACGAAUAAAAGUGAUGGUGUGACAGUGAAAAGAUUCCAUUAGCAUAUUGUUAAUGUUUUGUGACAACCCGAAUAUCUACCGUCCAGCAAGUGCCUUCUGUAAUCUAUUCUGCAAACGUUAUUGUAUUUUAAUCUCGACUAUUUCUAAUUAUUUAUUGAAGAGUUUGUAAUUUAUUUUAUAUAUGACAUUUAUUCCUUAUAUUGAUGUUUUUCUAUUCAGAACGAAACAGUUAUUUUGAAUAAUAUAUUGUAUUUAUAUCUUCA